CCGACUAUUUUUAGCAGUCGCCUCUUCCCAGUCGGUGCCCAACGUGAACCGGGAAAAAAGCUACCCGCCGGGAUUCUGCAAUUUCCCGGCAGCCGGGGAGUUUCCAAUUCCCCGCACUUUCUUUGGUCUCCGGUUGCGGGAGAGCCAUGUCGGGGAGCGGGGAGCCGAUUGGAAAGCCGGUGGCGUCCUGGGCUCUCGGCCUCUUCCCGGAGAACAUCGUCGGCUUCUGCUCCCGGGGUCUCAAGUACAUCGCUGCCGCCUUCCUCUCCUUGCCCGUCCUCUACGUAUUCUACUCCUCUCUUUCUCCCGCCCGCCGGUACGCCGACUGCUUCGAUUUCUCCCCCGCGCCAGCCGGCUCUGUCGCCGACGGGGAGGCGCUCAACGUCAGCCACAUCGUAUUCGGGAUCGGAGCAUCGGUGGACACGUGGGAGAAGCGUCGGCGGUACGCCGAGCUCUGGUGGAGGCCCGGCGAGACGCGGGGGUUCGUCUGGCUGGAUAGGAAGCCCGAGACGUGGGAGGACGGCGGGCCGCCGUACCGCGUAUCGGAGGACUUAUCGAACCGCGGAUUCGGCGGGUCGCCGUCGGCGGUGCGUAUGGCUCGGAUCGCGGCGGAGAGCUUCCGAUUGGGGCUGGAGGGGGCGCGGUGGUUCGUUAUGGGGGACGACGACUCGGUGUUCGUGCCGGAUAAUGUCGUGGCCGCCUUGGCUGGGCUCGAUCACCGGGCGAUGUGGUACGUCGGUGCGCCGUCGGAGAGCGUGGAACAGGACUUGGUGCAUUCCUAUGGAAUGGCCUUCGGGGGGGGAGGCUUUGCGAUUAGCCUGGCCGCCGCCGAGGCGCUAUCCGGCGCCAUCGACGGCUGCCUGGAGAGGUACGGCAAAUUCUACGGCAGCGACCAGCGGGUUCAGGCCUGCAUGAGCGAACUCGGUGUGCCCUUGACGCGUCACCCCGGCUUCCACCAGGUGGAUAUUCAUGGGGACGCCUACGGCCUGCUGGCAGCCCACCCGAUGGCUCCGCUGGUGUCGCUGCACCACCUCGACGCCGUGGAGCCUCUCUUCCCCACCAAGACGCAGCUGGACUCGGUGGGCGCGCUCAUGGGGGCGGCCAGGUUCGACCCAGCGCGGACCCUGCAGCAGGCCUUCUGCUACGACCCGAGACUAAGGUGGACCGUCUCGGUCUCGUGGGGCUACACGGCCCAGAUCUACCCGGCCCUUCUGCCGCCUCAUGUGCUGGAGAAGACGCUCAGGACGUUCCAGACAUGGCGGAGCAGCCAGGACGGGCCCUUCACCUUCAACACCAGGCCCAUGCCGGACGAGCCCUGCGCCAGGCCGGCGAUCUUCUUUCUACACCGAGUCGAGAACGUAUCGAGUAAAGCUACAAUUACGAUGUACGGGAGACACGUACCUGGUCCAGAGAUGGUGUGCAAGGACAGGAACUACCCGUCCUUGGCGUUGCAGAACGUGAGGGUCUUCUCUUCCAAGAUGCCGUCCUCUGUUUGGACACAGGGAGCUGCAAGAAGACAGUGCUGCGACAUCAAGUGGGGAAGGUUGAAGGCAGCAAUCGACGUCCGACUAAGGAGUUGUGGGCUCCAUGAGACGAUAACUCCCCCAAAGUGACGCCCCCCGCCGGCAUACAGUUUUUUUUUUUUUCCUUUGGUUCUUUCUACCCACCCCCUCUGCGGAAGCCACGUACUGUACAUACAGGACCUUUUUUUUUUCGUGUUGUAUUUUUUCCCUCAUAAUUUUAUAGGGGCCAUAAUACAAAUAGCAUAAAAGAAAAAGAAGAUGGCUCAUGCUGCCGAAGCUUCAUAUCAUCUUGAACUCUCCUUUUU